CUGCAGCUGCUAAUAUACAUGUCUGACCCCACAGGUACCUCUGGUUCAGAUGCUGAACAUAAGCUCUUCUCUGUGAUAUUCUCUAACUACAAUCAAUACAUCCGGCCAGUGGAGAAUGUGUCUGACCCUGUCAUCGUGCAGUUUGAAGUGUCCAUGUCACAGCUGGUCAAAGUGGAUGAGGUGAAUCAGAUCAUGGAGACAAAUCUUUGGCUGAGACAUAUAUGGAAUGACUACAAACUUCGAUGGAAUCCGAAAGAAUUUGGAGGCGUAGAAUUCAUCAGAGUUCCUUCCAACCGGAUUUGGAAACCUGACAUAGUCCUUUACAACAAUGCAGUGGGAGAUUUUCAGGUCGAUGACAAAACCAAAGCUCUACUCCGCUACAACGGUGAUGUAACUUGGAUCCCACCGGCCAUUUUUAAAAGCUCCUGUAAGAUUGAUGUCACUUACUUCCCCUUUGACUACCAAAAUUGCACCAUGAAGUUUGGCUCAUGGACUUACGACAAAGCCAAGAUAGACCUGGUUCUCAUUGGAUCCACUAUUAACCUCAAAGACUUCUGGGAAAGUGGGGAGUGGAUGAUCAUCGAUGCUCCUGGCUACAAACAUGAUAUCAAGUACAACUGUUGUGAAGAAAUAUACACGGACAUUACUUAUUCCUUAUACAUUCGGCGACUUCCUCUUUUUUAUACUAUCAACAUGAUCAUCCCAUGUCUCCUAAUAUCCUUCCUAACUGUCCUGGUUUUCUACUUACCAUCCGACUGUGGAGAAAAGGUAACUCUAUGCAUUUCGGUGCUUUUGUCACUAACUGUCUUCCUAUUGGUUAUAACUGAAACUAUCCCUUCAACUUCUUUAGUCAUUCCUUUGAUUGGUGAAUACCUCCUUUUCACCAUGAUCUUUGUCACGCUUUCCAUUGUAAUAACAGUUUUUGUCCUAAACGUCCACUACCGCACACCCAAAACUCAUACAAUGCCACGAUGGGUUCGGACAGUCUUUCUGAGUCUUCUACCCAAGAUUAUGUUUAUGACCAGACCGGAGAGAGAUCCAGAUGGGGUGACAAUAUCCAGUGAUAAUAUUCAGCAUACAAAAUCGUGUGCCAUUCAUUCGGCUGCUACAUUGCAAAAAAAACAUAAACCACAAGCUCUAGUGUGCAGCGUUGUGUCCAGCCUUGCGAACCGGCAAAGACUCCUCAACAACACAGAGUUAUCCAAUUUGAACAACCUCAACGGACCUCCAGGCAAAAGUACAGCCACUGGGAUGCUGUGUUGUGAGGACAGGUGUAACCCUUGUUGGCAUCAGAGGUCAAGCAAACUACCAGUGGACUCUGGAGGUGGGAGCGCCGGACUGGGCAGCCUGGGGGCACUGACCGGAGGGGGUGGGCCUUCCGGGACCACAGCAGGAAGUCAGUGUUCCAGCUCGGAAUCUCUGGAUGGGGGUCUGAUGUCUCUAUUGCCAAUCUCUCCAGAGGUCAGAGAGGCCAUUGAAAGCGUCAAAUACAUAGCGGAGAAUAUGAGGUUACAGAAUGAAGCAAAGGAGGUUCAAGAUGACUGGAAAUAUGUUGCCAUGGUUAUCGACAGGAUCUUCUUGUGGGUUUUCGUUCUUGUGUGCAUUCUGGGAACAGCUGGCCUCUUCCUACAGCCCCUGCUGCUGGGAGAGGAUAUUUAA